GUCACUACUCUGUGGGCUCAGAGGUCAUCGAUCUUGUGCUAGAGAGGAUCCGAAAGCUGAGCACUCAGACUGUACCUUCAUGGUGGACAACGAAGCCAUCUAUGACAUCUGCCAUCAUAAACUGGGUAUCGAAUGCCCCUCCUAUGCCAGCCUCAAUAGGUUGGUAGGUCAGGUGGUGUCUUCCAUUACUGCUUCUCUCCGAUUUGAAGGACCUUUGAAUGUGGACCUAAUUGAAUUCCAGACCAACCUAGUCCCUUAUCCAAGGAUACAUUUCCCCAUCACAACCUUUGCCCCCAUCAUCUCUGCUGACAAAGCCUACCAUGAGCAUCUCUCCAUACUGGACAUCACGGCUGCUUGCUUUGAGUCCUCCAACCAGCUGGUGAAAUGUCAUCCUCAGCUUGGGAAGUACAUGGCCUGCUGCCUGCUCUACAGGGGAGAUGUGGUACCCAAGGACGUGAAUGCUGCGAUUGCAUCCUUGAAGUCAAGGGCCUGUGUUCAAUUUGUGGAUUGGUGCCCCACUGGUUUCAAGGUGGGCAUCAAUCAGCAGCCACCUUCAGUGAUGCCAGGAGGUGAUCUGGCCCAGAUCCAGAGGGCAGUCUGCAUGCUGAGUAACACUACGGGCAUCGUGGAGGCCUGGGCCCGGCUGGACCACAAGUUUGACCUCAUGUAUGCCAAGAAGGCGUUUUUGCAUUGGUACAUCUCAGAAGGCAUGGAGCAAGGGGAGUUCUCAGAGGCCAGGGAAGAUUUGGCAGUUCUGGAGAGGGAUUAUGAAGAAGUGGGAUUGAGUUUCUGAUGCCAACAUGACAUGUGCCACAAAGGCACCUUAAAUGAAAAUAUCAUGCUUUCUUCUCAAGCCAUCAUUGGCUUAGUGAGUGGAGUCCUGUUGAUUAGAAGAAAACACAAACCAGUCAGUCCCAAGCCUA